AUGGCACUAUCUAAAAACCAAAAUAUUUCAUUAGAGAAUGAUGCAGAAACACUUAUUUGUGAACUACGUCGGAGUGUACUCAAAUCAUGUGGUGAAACAGGUCGCAUGCCAGCAGUUUUUCGCCGUUGCGAUGAACAAAUGAAGCUUGAACACGACGCGACCAUCUUGAAAGCACAUAAUGCAGGAUUAUUUUGUCGAGCAGGUGCUGCAAUUAAGUAUCGCUAUGCAGCCUUUUCAGCUGCUGUAGGUACUCUAUUUGAUCCAUACAACUUAGAGCUAUUGUUUGAUGAGGGUAAAUCUUUGGGUUGGGGUACGGCAAUUAUGCAUUUUCUCGUACGCAGUGGUUUUUCCUUUCUUGUCAAUGGAGGGGUCAGCAUAAUCAUCACUGAGUUAAUUGAAGAAUAUUAUAAGCGAUAUCCGACUAUCGGUACCAAUCUAUCACAGAAUAUCAGCAAUGCUGGUAUCGGAUGCAUUUUUGGUGCGCUCUUCACUGUAGUCACGCAAGCCGUUUUAUACGUCUACCAUCAUUUGAAAGAAAAGAAACUAGAAAAAAAGCUGGCUACUACCAACGAUCUCAAGCUCAAAUCUGCUAUACAAGAACGUCUUCGAGGCCAUCAUCUAGCUAAAGACUAUAUUCUUAGUUGGCGUAAUGUGAUCAAACAUGUGUUCAGUUUAUUGCUUGGUGGUAUUGCCGCUGUAUCAUUUGCUGGAUGGCCAAUCCUACUCGCAGCGGUGCUUGUUCCUUGGGUGAUUUGGGCAGGUGAGAAACUUUGGGAUCACUUUAACGGAACGCAGCCAAUUGGAUUUCUCUCACGUCUCAGCACUUGGCUUUGGGGUGACACUAUAGUUGAGCAGCAAAUUGAAGCUUGGAUUUACCAAGGUGACAGCGAGAAAUCACCUGAUAUUCCUAAAGUCUUUAUGUGUCCGAUCACUCAUGAUAUGAUGGUGCAUCCUGUAAUAAACAAUUGUGGUCGCAUCUAUGAACGAGAAGCGUUGGAAAGUUGGCUGACUCAAAAUAAUCGCGAUCCUGAGACAAAUCAAGAAGUUGCACUCGACAGUUUGCGCCCAGUACCUGAACUUGAACGCUACAUAUGCGAAUAUGCCAGAAAGAACGAAUUCGUUUUACACAAAGAGACUACAGAAACCAUCGUGUGA